UCCCUGUUUCAGUGUUUAUCUUUGUAACCUUUUAUUGAUAGCUAGUAAAGUCGAUUAUCACGUUCUUUCCUGGUUCUUUUUAUACGGUCCAAAGUACACAAAACGUUUUUAUUUUUCAAGUGUUUGUUGAAAAAAGAACCCGUUGAAUAUGGGGUGGAUUACGCAAAAAAUUCAAUAUUAUCUGGCACUAUCGUUUGGAUUUUUUUUCGCUGCCAUGUCAGUAAUGGGUCUUAUUUGGAGAUUUAUUCGACAUCCAAUUAAAUCAUUUACGACUGCCUGGCCAAAGACCAGAGAUGUGAUGCCAGCCUGUUUGAAUGACCCAACAUUGGGUUCUCACGGCUUCAUACAUUUAGAGGCAAUACGGUUGCAUUAUGUGGCAUGUGGAGAUGAAACUAAACCAUUAAUGCUAUUUCUGCAUGGUUUCCCUGAAUUUUGGUAUUCGUGGAGACAUCAAAUCAGAGAGUUUAAGAAAGAUUACAGAUGCGUGGCCAUCGACUUGAGAGGAUAUGCCGACUCUGACAAACCAAGUGGUGUAGCAGCCUAUAAGACGGAGAAAAUGAUUGCCGAUAUCAAACAACUGAUCCCAGCGAUGGGCUACAGCACUUGUGUAUUGGUUUCUCAUGACUGGGGUGGCGUGCUUGCAUACCAGUUUGCUGCUAAACACCAGGAUAUGAUAGAUAAGCUGAUUGUUAUGAAUGCGCCUCAUUCUGCAUCAUUUCAGGAGUAUAUGAGGAAAAAUAAAUCACAGGCCAAGAAGUCUUGGUACAUAAUGUUUUUCCAAACACCCUGGAUUCCUGAGAUAAUUUUCUGGAUGUUUGAUUAUGAAACCGUUAAACAAGUGUUUACUGGUAAACGUGGCGGCUUAGCUGUAGCAAAAAUGUCAGAAGAAGAUGUUGAGGCAUAUAAGUAUGCAUUAUCGAGACCAGGUGGACUUACUGCUGCAAUUAACUACUACCGAGCAGCCCUUCGAUACCCAGUGGGAAAGUUCAUUAACAAUAUCAUCGAGACACCAACAUUGGUAAUCUGGGGAUGUAAGGAUACUGCUUUGAACAAAGAUCUGGCUGCUAUGCCAGCCAAGUUUGUCCCAAAUCUUACCGUUAAAUAUGUUGAAGAUGCCAGCCACUGGGUUCAGAUGGAUAGUCCAGAACAAGUGAACAAAUUGAUGCGGGAAUGGCUCAAAGCAUAAGGCUUGUGUCAGGAUAGAGUUGUGAAAGGUUCUGACAGUGUCUAAAGCUUGUAUCAGGAUAACUUUUGUGACAAUCAUAACCUAAAGGUUGUACAUAUAAACGUAGUUUUAGUGAAAUAUAUUUCAUAGGUUGAAUUUGUUUACUAUAGUAUCUGACAAUCACUACGGCUAUAAAUUUUAUUUAAAGAGUAGUUGAUAGAUUUAAGCUCACCUGGCCCAAAGGGCCAAGUGAGCUUAUCCCAUCACUUGGCGUCCGUCGUACGUCGUCCGUCGUCGUUAACUUUUACAAAAAUCUUCUCCUCUGAAACUACUGGGCCAAAUUAAACCAAACUUGGCCACAAUCAUCAUUGGGGUAUCUUGUUUAAUAAAUGUGUCCGGUGACCCGGCCAUCCAACCAAGAUGGCCGCUACGGCUAAAAAUAGAACAUGGGGGUACAAUGUAUAUUUUGGCUUAUAACUCAAAAACCAAAGCAUUUUGAGCAAAUCUGACAGUGGUUUAUCUGGUUAAGAUCUAUUUGCCCUGAAAUUUUUCAGAUGAAUCAGACAACCUGUUGUUGGGUUGCUGUCCCUGAAUUGGUAAUUUUAAGGAAAUUCUGCUGUUUUUGGUCAUUAUCUUGAAUAAUAUUAUAGAUAGUGAUAAACUGUAAGUAGCAAUAAUGUUCAGCAAAGUAAGAUUUACAAAUAAGUCAACUUGACCAAAAUGGUCAAUUGACCCCUAAGGAGUUAUUGUCCUUUACAGUCAUUUUUUAACAAUUUUAAACUGAAACUACUGGGAAAAGAUCAUUAUAGAUAGAGAUAAUUGUAAGCAGCAAGCAUGUUCAGUAAAGUAAGAUGUACAAGCACAUCACCAUCAUCAAAACACAAUUUUGUGAUGAAUCCAUCUGCAUCCUUUGUUUUAUAUUCACAUAGACCAAGGUGAGCGACACAGGCUCUUUAGAGCCUCUAGUUUUAUAUUGUGAUAAAAUUAUUAGGAGAAAUUUACAGCAUUUAUGGUGAUGAAGAAAGUUUAGCUUAUGUUUAAUUAUUUUAGUCUUUGUAUAAUACAUUGUAAUUGAAGCAAAA